CUUAUCUACAGAUAUGGCAAGGUGAAAAACAAACAUGUAACAAUAUGGAAGCACUGCUGUUUCCUUCAAAUAAAAAUAGCUUCCCAUUUUGAACUAACUGACGGAUAUAUUAGCGUGCAGAAAAAAAUGUCAAUACAUCACAAGCUGUUGCUGUAUAUAUGUGUAGAAAUACUUCUCCAAUCAUCAUCAGAGGCUGCAAGCUGCGAUAGAGUUGUAAAAGAGAAUGAUGCGCUCAUUGUUAACUGUAGCGGCAAGUAUAACGAGUACGCCAUGAAUUGGUAUGUGUACGUGGAGGAACGUCCAGUUUUUGUGGGACAAUGUACACACAAUAUUUUGUACUCACACACGCAGUGCCAUCUGACGCAGUCCAAUUAUAACUUAGACUAUGAGAUAGGAAAUUUCACGGUAAAAAGUUCACCCUUCACAACUUACCUCAAAGUGUUUCAUGUGCCGCGAACGUUGACUCAAGUUGCAUGUGUUAAGACAAGCGGUUGGAAUAGGCAGACUUUAUCUAAGUGCGAGAUUACAACUGUAGUACCGCCUUACAGCACCUAUUGUAACAGCUCCGUCGCCAACUUUGGUCAAACAUUUCUGAUCACCUGUACAUUUUUGGUCUACCCACAAGGCAGGUGUAGGCUCAACUCACAGUUCGCACUUCCCGAGUCAGACAUAAAAUUACAAACCACCUACAGCCACAAAUCAAUAUAUGGGAGAGCACUCUAUGAAACAACUUGCACGAUUGAAGGGAUAGUCCACAACAUCAUGUACACGCCCUUCAGAGUGGAGGUGUGGCCGGAUGUGGACAAUGGCGACACGUUCUCGACACUCAGUAACUGGAUCUCGCUCGAUAACUUUGACGACAGCCUAGUGUUUACUGUCAACAAAUUGACUACACACAUCAGCGUCAACAAACAGCAUCCAGCCCACUUCCUUUGUCACGUCAACAACAUCCCCGACCUGACCCUCACCCUGUACAAGGGCAACCUCCGCCAGGUGAUAUACAGAAGCCCAGUGGUCAACACGCUUCAGUACACCCUGUACAUGACGUCAUGCGGUGACUCAGAAGAGUACAUCUGUCGGGCAGAAAAUGACGUCAUCAUUGAGAAGCGUAUCACUGUUAAUCUAAAAUCAUGUGGAACGGAUGAGACUACAACAUACGAUAUCGUCGUCUACACUGCAGUCCCCCUCUGCCUCAUCAUCCUUAUCGUUAUUAUUACCAUUACUGUCGUCAAUGCCAGACGGAAGAUCAAACUCCGUAACGCCCUUGAUGCGGCUCACGCCCACCGCCCCGGUGACCUACACAUGUCCAGCCGCCCAGUCCACGAUAGCCAUCAGUCGAGGAAUUCACCUGCAGCAAACCAGACAUCAUAUGACGUCAGAUUCUCGGGUGACCCUCCGUCAUACAGCGCCAUAUUCCACACCAGCGCGAACAAUGACGUCCUACCGUCAGCGGAUAUUCCCGCAUUUUACCCUCUUCCUCCGCCGUACGAAACCGUAUACACACAAGUACAAGGCGAACCACAAAGGGAUGUAACUCAAUGUAAUCAAGAAAAUAACAAGCACGGUGAUUCAACAAACAACCCACCUCCCCCUUAUCCAGGAAGUCAACCAUAGUUAAAUAUCAGCUGUCAAAUUCGCAAAUAUUUUGUUUUAUAAAAAUAAAUUCUGUCGGUCAACAAAAAAAAAAACCUACACGAACAUAUUAUAUUUAUAUUUAGUGACUAAAUGACAUUCCAUUUUAACAUGUAUUCUGUAUGUCUUUCUAUAUUUAUUUAAAGUUAUAUUUAAGAUGUAUGAUGAAUAUAUAUGGAAGAGAAAUAUUGAUCUUACUAUUUAAAAUCAUACUGUACGAUAGAUAAAAUGGGCCAUAAACCCUCAUGUCAUUUCGAAUAAAAGUAGGCCUAUAUAACAUAGCUCGGCAUUGUGAGACAUUCUACUUUUAUGUAUAUUGAUAGAAAAAUUAAAUUGUUUAUAGUUUAUACUUUUCAAAAUUUCAAAUAUAUCUUCUCUGUGUAAUAAAUAUGCUUUUUUUAUUAAUUUAUUUUUAUUUUUUAUUUUUAAUAUGGGAUGACGUGGCCUGGAGGUAAAGCACUACGAUCCUAAUCGAAAUUCUCGAUUUCGAAUCCAGGUUCAAGUCAGUGGAAAGUCCUUGGGUCCAGCCAUCCUUGAUGGGUACCUAAACCGUUUAGAGAAAGUAAAGAAGCUGGGCAUAGUGCUGACCACAUAAUCUCUUCAUACACCAAGUUCAAGGAAUCUAUAACUCUACUUCAUCUGCCCAAUUGAUCGCUAGGUUUAAAAAGGAAUCGUUACUUUUUUUUAAAUAACAAAGCUUUAAAGUUUGCUUGAACCUACCGUUUAAAUGCCACAUCGACUUAAC